AUGUCAUCGGAGGAGGAGACCGACUGUUUCGCCCUCUACGGAGCAACUGCGGAUAGUAAGCAACAGCAACUCUUGAAGAAGCAAAAGCGAACCAGACAGCGCGUGGACGCCGGCGAGCCGCGUAACAGCUACUCGAGCAUUCCUAACUUUAGUUCGCGGCCAUCCUUUCUUGGUGGUGGGAUAUACGGUGCGAUAUUUAGUGGAAGUGGACCACCACCAAAUCAUCAACAACAACAGCAACAACAACAACUGCAAUCACAACCUGGAGCAGUGGGUACACAAGGUCAUCUCGUUUCAACAACGGGACCAACUACACAGCAUUCUGCCCACGCGGCAUUUGGAUUUUUCGGGGCUCCAGGCUUCGGCCCUGCCAAGAUGCUAAACGAGCUUCUUGGAAGACAAGUGAAACAAGCCAGUGACGCUGGCGGAUCACCACCUGAAGGCAGCCAUGGAAUGACUGGAGCUGGUAUGGACCAAACUGCUAAUUUACAAUCUGGUGCUGUCGUAAAUUGUGAUGAUCCCGCGACUGCAGCUGAGCUCACGCAACACAUGUUACGUGACAUAUUACAAGGACGCAAACUUUCUGCUCUCGGUGUACAAGAGCAAUCUAAUAAUAACAAUAGUAUACACAAUAAUAAUAACAAUAACAAUAACAAUAAUAAUAACAAUAAUACUACAACGGAGUUACUCAAAUCUCAGCAACAUCAACAGCAAAGUCCACAACAACAACAACAUCAAAAUAGUGAUAGUGUACGGACGAUAAGUGGGGCAGUGCAGAGUGGAGGGGAAGAAAGUGUUGACGGGAAUAAUAUAAAUACAAAUCAUAGUGACCGAGAUACUGUUAUGCCUGGAGAUGCGGAGGAUAGUACUGAAGAUGCUGCUUCUGCGGCACGUGCUAUGGAAGAAGCAUUUGCCGAGGCUGGCAUGGAGCCAGGUGCCAAUCUCGAUGGAUCGGAUUGUGAACAAAGCUUACCUCCAAGUCCGACAGUAACACGUCCUGGGUCAGUAUUAAUCAAAGAAGAAAUUUCAGAUACAAUAAGUUUAAGGAGAAGUCGUUCAGCAAGUCAUUCUCCGUGUCCAAUUGUUCCUAAGUCUGAAAUAAGUUCACCAUCGACUGAAAUAAAACGCGCGCGUGUUGAAAAUAUAGUCAGUACCAUGCGAAGUAGUCCAGCACUUCAACCAGUUAAUGGUUGUAAAAAAAGAAAACUUUACCAACCACAACAACAGACAGUUCAUCAUGUUCUACAGCAUAGUGUUAAUGAUAACAUGAUUGAUGUGGAUGAUGACGAUAGUGAGGAAGAAGAAGAUCCUUCAACAAUAAAGCAGAAACGCGAAGAGAAGGACCACUUGAAAAUUCAGUUAAAACUUCUACAUGAACAGUUGGAAGUUAUGCAGCGAAAGUACAACGAGCUAUCGAGUCGGAUGGAGCCUGAGAGUAGUGAGAAUAGUGAACAACCAGCGAGUCCGCAGAAUCCACCACAACAGCCACCUCCGCGGCCACAAAGACCUCACCCACCACCUUUUAACGGUCUCUCGUCACUGCCACCUGAUCAUCCUCAUGCAACUGCAGCAGCUAUGUAUCACAUGGGCCAAAAACUUUAUUUUGAGCAGCAACAUGCUGCUUUAGAGAGGAUGAAACAACAUCAAGAAGUCGCUGCUAGACAACAGCAACAGGCACAGAGAGAGCGUGAACAACGUGAUCAGCAUCAACAACAACAAACGCCACCACCACCUAGCCAGGGACGAGAAUCGACUCAAAGAAAUACGGGACCAUCAACGCCUCAAACAUCUCAAAUGCAAGCUCCUGUUACACCUCAUCAGCACAAGGAUUUUCCAGAAAGACUGAACGUGUUCAGAAAUAACGCACACUUAACAAGCUCUACUGGAGCUAUUGUUACCGAUACUGACCUUGAAGGCCUUGCAGACUUAUUAAAAACUGAGAUGUCUUCAACAUUAGGCAAUGUUGUGGAUGCAGUACUAACUAAAUUUAUUCAACAAAGAAGGUUUCUUGGUAAAUCAAUAGAAGCUGCACAAGCUGCAGCUGAACAACUCAGUAAAGAUUUACUUCAUGGGAGUCAAUUACUAGAGAGGAAGUCUUCACCGAGAACAAAAGUUGUAGACAGAGGAGCAUCUCAGAUACCUAGUGGCCCAAACGGGCCACGGGGGUCGCUAAAUGGUGGCCCCCCAAUUUCGCAACCGACAACUUUUCCACAAAUCGGUUCAAUGAGUGGACCUCAUGGUCCAUUAUCAGGCCCAACGGAAAAUAAUCUCAAUCAAAUCAAUCAAUUACCUCCUCUUGCGAGACCAAAUGCUCCAAUAUUCCAAACACCUAAACCACCAACGAUAUAUGCCAUGUCAUCUAUGCAAGUGCAACAGCAACAACAGCAACGAGAGCAACAACAAAGAGAACAACAGCGUGAACAAUACUGCAAUAUGAGAAGUGAUGACAGAGAAGCAAGAGAUAUUGAACAAAAUGAAGCUCUAUCUCUUGUUAUGACGCCAAAAAAGAAAAGGCAUAAGGUUACUGACACAAGAAUCACACCAAGAACUGUUUCAAGAAUAUUGGCUCAAGAAGGCAGUGGGUCUCAAAGUGGCAAUGAAAGUCCACCACCUUUACCACCGCCAACACGCCAUGUUUAUGGGCACGGGGCACCUCCAAUGCUUCCAGUCUCUUUACCAACAAGUGUAGCUAUACCGAAUCCAAGCUUACAUGAAAGCCAGGUAUUCUCACCUUACUCACCAUUCUUUAAUCCACACGCCAAUCAUCCUGGUCAAGUGCCACCCCCUGGACCUCAUCAUCUACCAGCGAGUCCACCAGGUGGUGGAGUUGAUCUUCGAGAUUCACCGCCACUUCCUCAUCCACCAGCGAUGCUUCAUCCUGCUCUUCUGGCCGCUGCUCAACAUGGCAGUCCAGAUUACGGUCAUUUAAGAAUGGAUAGCAAUGAUCGGGGUAGUGAUUGCAACUCUGGUGAUAUCAGCUACGAUGGAAUUCAGCCUACAAUAUCCUUUUUUAUUUCCUUAACCACAGUGCAAUCGUCGACAUUGACGCCGAUGCAUCUGAGGAAAGCCAAGCUGAUGUUUUUCUGGGUGAGAUAUCCGUCCUCGGCUGUCCUGAAAAUGUAUUUCCCGGACAUAAAAUUCAACAAAAACAACACCGCUCAACUGGUCAAGUGGUUCUCCAACUUCAGAAUUAGCUUAACGGUUCGUGAACUUUUUACAUUGAACGUAAGCGAGAAUGAGGAAUUGACCACUCCUCAAUCAUGCUUAGUAUACCCUUGA